AUGCCAGAACAAAGUAAUGAUUACAGGGUGGUGGUGUUUGGAGCAGGAGGAGUUGGCAAAAGUUCACUGGUCUUGAGGUUUGUUAAAGGCACUUUCAGAGACAGUUACAUCCCUACAAUUGAAGACACCUACCGGCAGGUGAUCAGCUGUGAUAAGAGCAUAUGCACUUUGCAGAUUACCGACACAACAGGGAGUCAUCAAUUUCCUGCCAUGCAGCGCUUGUCUAUUUCCAAAGGACAUGCAUUUAUUUUGGUCUACUCAGUCACCAGCCGGCAGUCUUUGGAGGAACUCAAGCCCAUUUAUGAACAGAUAUGUCAGAUCAAAGGGGAUACAGAGAGCAUUCCAAUCAUGCUGGUGGGAAACAAGAAUGAUGAGGACCACAACCGAGAGGUACAAACCACUGAUGGAGAAGCCAUGGCAAAAAAAUGGAAGUGCGCCUUCAUGGAGACCUCAGCUAAAAUGAACCAUAAUGUCAAAGAGUUGUUCCAAGAGCUGCUGAAUUUGGAGAAACGUAGGACUGUGAGUUUACAGAUCGAUGGCAAGAAAAGCAAGCAGCAGAAAAGGAAAGAAAAACUGAAAGGCAAGUGUGUUGUCAUGUGAAAAGAUCCUUAUUCUGGAGCAGUCAUGAGGAUGCCUUCUUCUGACUGUACCAGGUUUCAUGCCCCUAAGCCAUGGGAAAAUAGGUGAAACUGUUUUAUUAAUAGCAAUUUUGAAAGAAAAGUACUUGAAGUAAAAGUACUUUCAAGAAGUUGUCUUUUCAUAAAUUAGCCAUUAAUAAGAACAAAAAAUUGUUCCAAAGACCCAAUGGUGUCUAACUUCCAGAUCAUAAACAAUAACAUAUCCAUAAGAAAGGACUUCCACUAGCAUACCAUUGCCAUGUGCAGAUCUGGUAAUUAAUCAUUUAAAGAUAUAUGCUAG